AUGGCUUCUUGGUUUCUGCGAACAAGGGCGCUCAAGACGAUGGGAGUUCCGUUGCUGGUCGCGUGUGGUGGAGGACGGGAUCUCUUGAAGAAGUCGCAUGGUGGCUUCGACGUGAACGAGCAGCAUGGAGUUCUCUUCUCGGGCAGGCUCGAGUCACUGCGGGGACUUGCUGCUCGCCGUGGGCGGUUGCUGCUCGAGGUGAGGGAGAGAUCGAUUGAGAGAAAGAGACAGAAGAGGCUGCGGCGUUACUUUGCGAGAGAGAAAAGAUGGGUUAUCGAGAGAGAGAGAUCGAUGACUACUGGGCGAAGAGAUUUUUCUGCACAACGUGAGAGAAACGAAAGAGAAAGAGAUAGCGGCGCUUGUGUUGACGGGAAGGAGAAAAAAAAGAUUGAGCUGCUAAGGGUUUGCAAACGGGAGUCUUAA